AUGAGUUCGACCACUAAAAGCUAUUGGGCCCAGUGGGACAGCUUGCUGCUUCAGGAUGGAGUUCUGUGCCGUAAAUGGGAAAAUGUUAGGGGAGACAGCUGUCAUUUGCAAAUGGUUGUCCCUAAAGCUAAAGUACCGGAUGUUCUACAGCUGUACCAUAAUGAUUGUUCCGGAGGCCAUCUGGGAGUUAAACGAACUCUACUGAAGAUCCGAGAACGGUUUUAUUGGGUCCACUGUCGAAACGAUGUCGAGGACUGGUGUCGCAAAUGUACAAGUUGUGCGGCUGUAAAGGGACCUCAGACUCGUAGUAGAGGUGCAUUGAAGUUGUACAACGUUGGUGCACCAUGGGAGAGAAUAGCCAUUGACGUGGCGGGGCCGUUUCCGGAGAGUGAAAGCGGUAACAAGUAUUUCAUGGUUGUGAUGGAUUACUUCACAAAGUGGCCAGAAGUUUUCGCCAUUCCAAAUCAAGAAGCUUCAACAGUUGCAGAUAAACUAGUUCAUGAAGUCUUCUGUCGUUUUGGAGUACCUUUAGAGAUUCACAGCGAUCAAGGAAGGAAUUUUGAGUCUCAAAUAUUCCAGGAAACUUGCCGAGUUAUGGGUACUCAUAAAACAAGAACGACUUCUUAUCACCCGCAAUCUGAUGGAAUGGUGGAACGAUUUAAUCAGACGUUGGAGAGGUACCUAGCAAAAGUUGUAGACAAUCGGCAACGAGAUUGGGACAAGCACAUACAACCGUUUUUGUUGUCAUAUCGAAGCGCUGUUCACGAAAGUACAGCAGUGACACCAGCUUUCGCAAACUUUGGAAGAGAAUUACGGCUGCCCGCAGACCUGAUCACCGGGAUACCACCUGAUGCCCCACGCAGUAUAACCGAUUAUGCAAAUGACUUGCGGAACAAAAUGAAUGACAUUUAUGAGCACGUCAGACAAUCGGGCCAGCAAAUGUCUGAGAAAAUGAAAACCCGGUACGACCGCAAAAUGAACAAUAAAGGGUUCAACGAAGGUUCAUUAGUGUGGUUGCACAAUCCAGUCCGCAGCAAAGGGAAAUCUCCUAAGCUUCAAGCUAAAUGGGACGCCCCGUACCGGAUUGUAACCAGGAUCAACGAUGUGACCUACCGGAUACAGAAAGGCGCAAGAGGGACUCCUAAGAUCGUCCAUGUGGAUCGAUUGGCGCGUUAUUAUGGGACCGAUAAUGCUCGGGACGAGCAUGUCUUAGGAGGGGGCAGUGUUGCGUGA